AUGAAGUUGUUCAUCCUGGUAGCUCUCUUUGGGCUCAGCCUUGCCCAGCACAACCCAAACUUUAAGCAUGGAAGGACUUCCAUUGUCCACCUGUUUGAGUGGCGUUGGGCUGACAUUGCUCAAGAGUGUGAACGCUUCUUGGGUCCCAAAGGUUUUGGUGGAGUUCAGAUCUCUCCUCCACAUGAGCACGUUCUAGUGAGCGAUCCAUGGAGGCCCUGGUGGCAGCGAUACCAGCCAGUUAGCUACAAGCUGUGCUCAAGGUCUGGCAGUGAGGCAGAACUGAGAGACAUGAUCACCAGAUGCAACAAAGUUGGGGUUAACAUCUACGUAGACACCCUUAUCAACCACAUGUGUAAAACCUUCAGUGGAACGGGAACCCACUCUUCAUGUGGAAGCUGGUUUGAUGCUGGGAAAAGAGACUUCCCCAGUGUUCCUUAUUCCUCCUUGGACUUCAAUGACCAAAAAUGCAAGACUUCGAGUGGCAAUAUUGAGAACUAUGGUGACAAAUAUCAGGUACGUGACUGCCGUCUGGAUAAUUUGCUGGAUCUUGCCCUGGAGAAAGAAUACGUUAGGGGUAAAGUGGCCGAGUACAUGAACAAGCUUAUUGACAUAGGCGUGGCUGGAUUCAGAAUGGAUGCCUGCAAACACAUGUGGCCUGGUGAUCUGAGCGUUGUCUAUGGUCGUCUGAAAAGCCUUAACACCCAGUGGUUCCCCAGUGGCUCCAGACCUUUCAUCUAUCAGGAGGUUAUUGAUCUGGGAGGUGAGGCUAUUUCAUCCAAUGAAUAUGUCAGCCUUGGAAGAGUGACUGAGUUUAAAUAUGGUGCAAAACUGGGAGAGGUCUUCAGAAAGUGGAACAACCAGAAGCUUUCCUACACUAAGUAUGUGUUGCUUCUACUGGUAUAG